CACACACACACCGAGGGCUAUAGAGGUACAAUGAGGGGUAGAGCGACACAAAAAGGGGUAGAGAGACAGAGACAGGGGGGGAGCUCGGGUAUCGAACAAUAGGACGGGCCGGAGCCAAAGAGGACGGAGGAGACGAGUGAAGGAAUAGAGGGAACAUGAAGAGAAACCGCUGAUUUCCUCCUUUAACCCACUGGAUACAGCCGAGUGCUGCGCUUGUGUUGGAAGAGAGAGAGAGAGAGAGAGAGAGAGAGAGAGAGAGAGAGAGAGAGAGAGAGAGAGAGAGAGAGAGAGAGAGAGAGAGAGAGAGAGAGAGAGAGAGAGAGAGAGAGAGAGAGAGAGAGAGAGAAAGAGAGAGUCUGUGUGUGGAGGACUCGAGAUGAAUCCUCUCGAGGGAACAGAGGAGGCGUCCACCGAAGACGCAGACACCUUCUUCAAAACAGGGGGAGGAGGGCGAGGGCCUCAGGAGUCAUCUGACCGGUCAGGGUCCUUCAGGAGCGAUCACAUCAGGGCGUCUGACGUCCUGCCCAUCUUAAAGGAGAAGGUCGCCUUUGUGUCAGGGGGGAGGGAUAAGAGAGGAGGCCCAAUCCUGACUUUUCCCUCCAGAAGCAACCAUGACAGGAUCAAACACGAGGAGCUGAAGAGACUGGUCACGUACCUGUCUACCGUGCCCAGCGAGGACGUGUGUAAGCGGGGCUUCACGGUCAUCAUGGAUAUGCGGGGGUCCCGCUGGGAGCUGAUCAAGCCGCUGCUGAAGACCCUGCAGGAGGCUUGCUCCCAGAUAUGCGUGGCACUCAUCAUCAAACCAGACAACUUCUGGCAGAAGCAGAAGACCAACUUUGGCAGCUCCAAGUUCUCCUUUGAGACCAGCCUGGUGUCGGUGGAGGGGCUGGCUAAGCUGGUGGACCCAUCCCAGCUGACGGAGGACUUCGAGGGCUCACUGGACUACAACCACGACGAAUGGAUGGACCUCCGCGUGGCACUGGAGGAGUUCAUCUGCAGCGCCGCCCACCUGCUAGCCCGGCUGGAGGAGCUGCAGGAGCUCCUGUGUAAGAAGGACUUCCCGCUGGACGUAGAAGGAUCUCGGCGCCUCAUCGAGGAUCACACCCUGCUCAGGAAGAAGGUCCUGAAGGCUCCGGUGGAGGAGUUGGACCAGGAGGGCCAGCGUCUCCUCCAGUGUAUCCGCUCCAGUGAUGGCUUCUCUGGGAGGAACUGCAUCUCUGGCUCGGCUGACUUCCAGAGCCUGGUUCCCAAGGUGGCCAGUCUGCUGGAUAAGCUCCACUCCACCCGCCAGCACCUCCACCAGAGCUGGAGCUCCAGGAAGCUCAAGCUGGACCAGUGCUUCCAGCUCCGCCUCUAUGAGCAGGAUGCAGAGAAGAUGUUUGACUGGGUCAGCCACAACAAGGAGGUGUUCCUGCAGAACCACACAGAGAUUGGCGUGGGCUACCAGCACGCCGUGGAGCUCCUGACCCAGCACAACCACUUCGCUAUGAACUCCAUGAAUGCCUACGUGAACAUCAACCGCAUCAUGUCCGUGGGGGGCCGGCUGGUGGAGGGAGGGCACUACGCCGCGCUGCAGGUCAAGCAGAUCUCCUCCCAGCUGGACCAGGACUGGAAGAGCUUCGCCGCCGCGCUGGAUGAGCGCUCCACCCUCCUGGCCAUGUCCUCUGUCUUCCACCAGAAGGCAGAGCAGUUCCUAUCUGCGGUGGAGUCCUGGAGUAAGGUUUGUAGUGAGGGAGGUCUGCCCUCGGCCAUGCAGGAGCUGGAGCUAGCUAUCCACCACCACCAGGGCCUCUACGAGCAAGUCACCCAGGCCUACAGCGAGGUGAGCCAGGAUGGUAAAGCCCUGCUGGACGUCCUCCAGAGGCCUUUGGGUCCAGGGAACUCGGAGUCCAUGACCGCAACGGCCAACUACUCCAAGGCAGUCCACUGUAUCCUGGACGUGGUGCAUGAGAUUCUUCACCACCAGAGGAGGCUGGAGAACAUCUGGCAGCACCGCAAGGUCCGCCUGCACCAGAGGCUCCAGCUGUGUGUGUUCCAGCAGGACGUCCAGCAGGUGAUGGACUGGAUCGAGCACCAUGGGGAGGUGUUCCUCAGUAAACACACAGGGGUGGGGAAGUCUCUGCACCGUGCCCGCGCCCUGCAGAAGAGACACGACGACUUUGAGGACGUGGCCCAGAACACCUACACCAAUGCAGACAAACUGCUGGAGGCGGCGGAGCAGCUUGCCCAGACGGGCGAGUGCGACCCGGAGGAGAUCUACAAGGCGGCCCGCCACCUGGAGGUCACCAUCCAGGACUUUGUCCGCCGCGUGGAGCAACGCAAGCUGCUACUGGACCUGUCUGUCACCUUCCACACACACACCAAGGAGCUGUGGAGUUGGAUGGAAGAGCUGCAGAAGGAUCUCCUGGAGGAGGUGCAGAGUGAGGUGGUGGAGGAGGUGCAGCUGAUGGUGCAGCAGUUCCAGCAGCAGCAGAGCUCCACGCUGGACGCUACGCUCAACGUCAUCAAGGAGGGGGAGGGGCUGAUGCAGCAGCUUAGGGAUGCAGCCAUUUGCACCAGUAGGACGCCCCACUGCAGUUCCAUCGCCCACAUCCAGGGAGUGCUGCAGCAGCUUGAUGAGGCCCAGGCCCAAAUGGAGGAACUGUUCCAUGAACGCAAGAUCAAGCUAGAUGUCUUCUUGCAGCUACGCAUCCUCCAGCAGUACACCCUGGAGGUGACAGCAGAGCUGGAUGCGUGGAAGGAGGACCUGUCCCGGCAGGCGGGCGACGCUGGUUGCCCAGCGGGGGGCGGGAUGUCUGCAGGGGUCGUGGCCGACGACGUGGGCGUGGCCGAGCAGCGUCUGAAGAGACUCACGGAGAGGAAGACGGCCAUGAAGCACAUGACCUACGAGGUCCUUCAGCAGGGACAGGACCUGCACCAGUACAUAAUGGAGGUCCAGGCCUCAGGUAUGGAGCUGACUAGUGAGAAGGAGCCCGACCUGGCCUCUCAGGUGCAGGAGCUGCUGGAGUUCCUCCACGAGAGGCAGCAGGAAGUGGAGCUCAGCGCCGAGAUCAGCCACGCCCGCCUGGAGCAGCACCUGCAGCUCACUCACCUACAGGCGGAGGUCCAACAGGUAUUGGGAUGGAUCCGUAACGGGGAGUCCAUGAUGAACGCCAGCCUGGUGAACGCCAGCUCUCUGUCUGAGGCAGAGCAGCUGCAGAGAGAACAUGAACACUUUCAGAUGGCUAUAGAGUCCCUGUUCCAUGCCAAUUCCCUCCAGAAGACCCAUCAGAGUGCCCUGCAGGUCCAGCAGAAGGCUGAGGUCCUCCUGAAGGCGGGGCACUAUGACCCUGAGGCCCUCCGUGUGUGUGCAGAGGAGGUGGCGGUCAACUGGCAGCAGCUGAUGCUGAAGAUGGAGGACCGCCUGAAGCUAGUCAACGCAUCAGUGGCCUUCUACAAGACCUCUGAACAGGUUUGCAGUGUGUUAGAGAGUCUAGAGCAGGAGUAUCGAAGAGAUGAGGACUGGUGUUCGGGUCACGACAAGGUCAACUCUGUUGCCGAGGGCGACCAGCUUCUCCCCCUCAUCAGCAAACACCUGGAGCAGAAGGAGGCCUUCCUCAAGGCAUGUACCCUGGCCAGGAGGAACGCGGAGGUGUUCCUGAAGUACAUCCACAGGAACAACUUUACUCUUCCAGGGGGAACCCCUCACACCAGAGCCCCUGAACAGCAGGUCAAAGCUAUCCUAAACGAGCUGCUCCAGAGGGAGAACAGAGUUCUUCACUUCUGGACCUUGAAGAAACGCCGGCUGGACCAGUGCCAGCAGUACCUGGUGUUCUUACACAGCGCCAAGCAGGCUCUAGACUGGAUCCAGCAGACAGGGGAGGGGUAUCUCUCAACUCCCAGACCAUCUGAGGAUCUACAGGAACACCAGCAGUUCUCCCUGUUGGCCAAGCGGACCCGGGACCAGGUGGAGGUGCUUGUGCGGCUGGCGGACGGGCUGGUGGAGCAGGGCCACGCCCACUCCACCGAGCUGCGACGCUGGGUCUCGUCUCUGGACCGCCGCUAUCGGGACUUCAGCCUCCGCCUGGGCCAGUACCGGGUGGACCUGUACCGGGACCGGGGCCUCCAGCCACAGGACAACAAGGACCUAGAGUUGGACAUCAUCCCUGCCAGUCUUGCUGAUGACCCGGAAGUUAAACUCCGCGACCCGAACCAUGAGAUCAACGAGGAGAAGAGGAAAUCCGCCCGGAAAAAAGAGUUCAUCAUGGCUGAGCUGCUCCAGACAGAGAAGGCCUAUGUCAGAGAUCUUCAUGAGUGUCUGGAGACCUACCUAUGGGAGAUGACCAGUGGAGUGGAGGAGGUUCCAGCUGGGAUUGUGAAGAAGGAGCUGGUCAUAUUUGGAAAUAUCCAGGACAUCUAUGAGUUCCAUAACAAUAUCUUUCUGAAUGAGUUAGUAAACUACGAACAGCUACCAGAAGAUGUUGGACACUGCUUCGUCACCUGGGCGGAUAAGUUCCACAUGUAUGUGAAGUACUGUAAGAACAAGCCGGACUCCAACCAGGUCAUCCUGGAGAACGCAGGAACCUUCUUUGAUGAGAUUCAACAGAGACACGGGCUGGCCAACUCCAUCUCCUCUUACCUCAUCAAACCUGUCCAGCGCAUCACUAAAUACCAGCUGCUGCUCAAGGAGCUGUUAUCCUGCUGUGAGGAGGGUAAGGGGGAGAUGAAGGAGGGUCUAGAGGUGAUGCUGGGUGUUCCUAAGAGAGCCAAUGAUGCUAUGCACGUCGCCAUGCUGGAAGGGUUUGAGGAGAACCUGGAUGUGCAGGGGGAGUUAAUAGUACAGGACAGCUUCCAGGUGUGGGAUCCUAAGUCUCUGAUCAGGAAGGGGCGGGACCGUCGUCUCUUCCUGUUUGAGAUGUGUCUGAUCUUCAGUAAGGAGAUCAGAGACUCUGCUGGCCGGACCAAGUACCAGUUCAAACAGAAACUACAGACCUCAGAGCUGGGUGUGACUGAGCACAUUGAGGGAGACCCCCUCAAACUGGCUCUCUGGGCCGGACGGACCCCCUCCUCCGACAAUAAAAUCGUCCUUAAGGCCAGCAGUGUGGAGGUGAAGCAGGAGUGGAUAAAGAGUGUGAGGGAGGUGAUCCAGGACCGCAUGACCCACCUGAAGGGGGCCCUGAAGGAGCCGCUCCACCUGCCCAAGGCCCCCGCCCUCAGCAGGCCUCGGAGGAGGGAGGUGCUGGAGGACGGGGACAGCCAGGGAGAGGGCAGCAGCCAGCCGGACUCUGUCUCCAUCGCCUCCCAGAACACCGUAGACAGCGACAAGCUCUCAGGGGGCUGUGAGUUGACUGUGGUUCUCCAAGACUUUACCGCUGGCUGCAGUUCAGAGUUGACCAUCAGUUCAGGUCAGACAGUGGAGCUGGUAGAGAAACCCAUUGAGAGACCGGGCUGGUACCUGGUCCGGACCACCGACCGGACCCCUCCCCAGGAGGGCUUGGUCCCCAGCACCGCACUCUGUGUGUCCCACUCCCGCUCCAGCGUCGAGAUGGACUGCAUCUUCAGCUCCGGGAGAGAGAACUAUGUGGUGAGCGGUUCAGAGGCGAAGAGCGACUCGGUGGCCCACCUUCAGGCCAGCCAGAGCUCCCUGCCGGUGCCCUCUCCGGGGCCCAAGCGCUCGGCCAACACUCUGAGGAAGUGGCUGAGCAGCCCGGUGCGGCGCCUAAGCCAGGGCAGCACUGUCAAGAAGCCCGCCAGCAGCAAGAACAAGAAUACCUCUCGGGAGGAGGGCAGGAAGAGCAUCGACCUGGGUCAAGCUGAUCUCGCCCACCAGGAUGAGGUCACAGAAGAGAGAGCAGACCGGAAGGAGGGCACUCUGGUCAAGUCCUCCUCUGGGAUGCAGAGCGGCGGAGAGGAGGAGCAGGAUGAGGAGACUCACACACCGCUGCCCCCGCCCAUGAAGAUCAUCAACGACCCAACCACCCAGGACGACAAGUCUGCUGCAUUGCGUACCUCCAUGCAGGCUCCAGCUGAUGUCCCCAGUGCCUCAGAGCUGGUUAGCACCAUAGAGAAGCUGGUUAGGUCUAAGAUGAGUCUGGACCCAGGCUCGUACCCGGGUUUCUGCUCCCACGACCCCCCGGACCAGAGCCUCCCGGUCCCCAGGAACCUGGAGGAGGAGCAGCGGGCCAGGGCCCUCAGAGGACGCAUGUUUGUUCUUAACGAGCUGAUCCAGACAGAGAAGGACUAUGUCAAGGACCUGGGGAUCGUGGUGGAGGGCUUUAUGAAGACCAUGGAAGAGACCGUCGUCCCGGAAGACAUGAAAGGGAAGGACAAGAUGGUCUUCGGGAACAUCCACCAGAUCUACGACUGGCACAGAGAUUUCUUUGUAGGAGAGCUGGAGAAAUGUCUGGAGGACCAUCAGCUACUGCCCCAGCUCUUCAUCAAGCAUGCUCGGAGGCUACACAUGUACGUGGUGUACUGUCAGAACAAACCCAAGUCAGAGUUUAUCGUGGCGGAGUACGAUAAAUACUUUGAUGGUAUACAGCAGGUCCUCCAGUCCAGAUUGUCAAUCAGUGAUUUUCUCAUCAAACCAAUUCAGAGAAUCACCAAAUACCAGCUGCUGCUGAAGGACUUCCUGAAGUACAGCUCCAAGGCAGGAAUAGACUGUGAACAGAUUGAGAAAGCAGUGGACCUGAUGUCCCAGGUUCCUAAGCUGUGCAACGACAUGAUGAACCUGGGCCGGCUGCAGGGCUUUGAGGGUAAACUGACCAGCCAGGGCAAGCUGCUCCAGCAGGAGACGUUCUUUGUGACAGAGCAGGACGGAGGUGUUCUGUCUCGCUCUAAAGAGAGACGAGUGUUCCUCUUUGAACAGAUCGUCAUCUUCAGCGAGCUGCUGAGGAAGGGAUCCUCGACGCCCGGCUACCAGUUUAAGAAGAGUAUCAAGGUAGCGGUGCUGGGGCUGGACGAGGGGGCGGAUAGCGACCCCUGCAGGCUGGUGCUGUGUCACCACGGCUCGGCCGAGCGCUACACGCUGCAGGCUGCCAACACGGAGGUCAAGCAGCUGUGGGUCAAACACAUACAGGAAGUCCUGGAUGCCCAGAGCAACUUCCUGAUCGCUCUGCAGUCUCCCAUUGAGUACCAGAAGGAGCGAGGAGCCGGCAGCAGGACCUCCUCUCUCAACAGGAACCACUCCUCCUUCCACGACUCAAAGACCCAGACCCCCUCCCAGCCGCGCCCUGCAUCCUCCCUGGGCCUCGGCGAGGAGGAACGCCCCCCUGCUGGCUCCAUGGGAGGAGGUGAUAGGAGCUGUAAUGGGGUCUCCUCCACCAUGCUGGUAUCUCAGGACUACUCGGCUCUGAAGGAGAAUGAGAUCAGUGUGGGUCAGGGAGAAACCGUCCAGAUCCUGGCAACCAAUCAGCAGAAGAUGUAUCUCGUGUACCGGCCGGCUGACAGCCAAUCGCCUGCUGCUGAGGGCUGGGUGCCGGGUGACGUCCUGGCUCCGCCUACCAAGCCCAUAAAAGACUCCUCCUCCACUUCCUGUUUCUCUGCUGCAGCUGGGGCAAACAACAUCAAGAAGUCCUUGUCAUGGAACACGCUUCGCUCCCGGAAAGGCAAAGGUCAGGAGAACGGUCUCCUGCGUAAACCCAAAGACACCCCCCCCCCACUCCCCCCUUCCCCUCAGGGGGACAAAGAGGCUCACAGUUCUGAGGAGUCAGACUGUGAUGACGACCCCAAGACCGGGAUGGAGCUCCUCAACCCAAACUUUAUCCAAGAAGUGGCCCCCGAGGUGCUGGCCCCGCUCGAGGACAGGGUGUGUGUUUUCGGGGAGACGGGGGUCCUGCGCUGUAAAAUCAGCGGGCGACCGAGGCCCUCGAUUGCCCUAAAAGGACCAGACCAGAACCCUGUGGUCAACACCGACCGCCUAACCAUCACAAUCAGGGAUACUGGAGACAUUUUGCUAAAGAUCUGUAAUGUGAUGCCUCAGGACACUGGGAUCUACACAUGCGUUGCCGUUAACGACCUUGGCUCUGCCUCCACCUCUGCUUCAAUCAAAGUUCAAGGUGUGCCAGCUGCUCCUGGUAAACCUGUGGUUCAGGAGGUCAGCAGUACGUCCGUCAUGGUCCACUGGGACACGCCCACUUCCUCCACCCCCGCCAACGUCAGCUACACCCUUGACUACCGCCAGGAAGACUCCCUUGCCUGGCAGCAGGCGGCCUCCACGGGAGACUUGUGUGUGCAGGUGGAUGGCCUCAUCCCAGGGGGCCACUACCUGUUCAGGGUCCGAGCCUCCAGCCCCUGGGGGGCAGGCACCCCCUCCUCCACCUCAGACACCAUCACCCUGCCCUGCAACACCAACUCCAGCCUGGAUGGGACCGGGUUCCUCUGGAAAGACAACUUCGACACCAGCUUCUCUGAGAUCUGUGAGCUUGGAAGGGGGCGCUUCUCAGUGGUGAAGAAAUGUCUGAGCAGAACGUCCAAGAAAGAGGUUGCAGUGAAGAUCGUGAGCAAGAAGAUGCAGAAGAGGGAGCAGAUGGCUCAGGAGGCGGACCUCCUCCAGCACGCCCAGAACCCCCAGCUGGUGGCCCUGCUGGACACCUACGAGACCCCCUCCUCCCUCAUCCUGGUCUUGGAGCUCUUGGAAGGAGGCCGUCUCUUUGACUACCUGGCCUCCCAUGAUGCUCUUCUGGAGGAGAAGGUGGCCUUCUUCAUCAAAGACACCCUGGAGGCCCUCCAGCACCUGCACACCUGCAGGGUGGCACACCUGGAUUUGAAGCCAGAGAACAUCAUGUUGGACGUUCACUCAGUCGUCCCGGCCGUGAAGCUCAUUGACCUCGGUGACGCCGUCCAGCUCUCCGCCAACCGCCGCUAUGUCCAUCUGCUGCUAGGCAACCCUGAGUUCGCUGCCCCCGAGCUGGUCCAGGGCUUGCCGGUCUCCACGGCGACAGAUGUGUGGAGCGUGGGCGUGCUGGCAUACGUAGCGCUGAGCGGCGUCUCACCCUUCCUGGAUGAGUCCCCUGAGGAGACCUGCGUCAACAUCUGCCGCCGGGACUUCUGCUUCCCGGACCAGUACUUCCUGGACGUGAGCCAGGCAGCGAGGGACUUUAUCUCCGCCGCUCUGCACCUGGACCCUCGCAAGAGACCCAGCACCACCUCCUGCCUGCAGCACCCCUGGGUGGGCCGGGGCGGGGCACACGGCAGGGAGUACUCCAGGAUGCCGCUGGAUACGGGUCGGCUGACGGCCUUCAUCGACCGGAGACGACAGCUCCACGACGUCCGAGCCAUCACCAACAUCAAGAGUCUGGUCGGCACGGGCCUCGGAAGCACACUGUGAUGCACCCAUGGACACACCUGGACCAGCCGGACACACCUGGACAUGAUCGACACACCUGGACCAGCUGGACACACUUGGACCAGCUGGACACACCUGGUCCCUAAAGGACCUCCAAACACUCCAGUACCACCAGGAAACUCCAGGGUCCCAACAGAAACCUCAACUAAACACUUUGUCACACACUUUGUCAUCUUUCUGCUGAAACUGUUGCCUCGGUGACCAACAAUAGGUUAGCAUGCUGACCUCCAGGUACACUCUGGCAGAACAGUCUAUGGUGACACCACUCUAGUUAUCCAGGGGAACUGCAGCAGGAGAAGGGUUUGGAGCUGCUGUGUCAGGGGAUACUGGAGCAGCUCAAAGACACUGUGAGUGAAGAGAGGACAAGCUCUGCAAAACACACUGUGAGGAAGUCAGCUGCGGCACUCAGCUUCCAGAGUUUAAUUUAGGGGAGACACAGCCUCUGUCUGAUUCCUGCAGGGAGCCUCGAAAUCAUCAUACCGAGUCAUCAUGGUGAAAUAAUACUUCCCCACUACCCUCUAGCAUGGUACCAUCCACCAUCAGAGACACACUUUGAUCUGGGACAACUUUAGAUUUACCGUGCAGUAGCAGGUAAUUUGAACAAACCCGAGGUAAAUGUUAAACGUUCAGCCAUCCUACCAUCCAUCCAUCUCUCUCCUCCACCAUUUAUUCAUGUAGGGGGCGAUACAAGGUGGCAAAUAGAAUCGCUCAGCUUUCUUUUACCCUGGCAACCUCCUCAACCUCCGUCCCUGCUGAGAAGAGUCAUUUGUUCUCAAAUCUCUUUCAUUGGUCACUCCCACAUCCCUAUAUGAACCACAAGGAGACUGGAACAGCUGAUCUGACAUCUGCUGGGCUGAGGGAUGAACUCGGCUGGACUCACUCAACAAAAUACUCCUUAUCAAUGUCCUCAAUUGAAUGGUUCAGUCCAUAAUGUGAGCAGGAGGAGAUAUCUUUCAGAGACCUUGAUGUAUAUUCUCGGACAGAGCAUGGAGUUAUGUCUCUCACGCCUUACAUCUGCUAGAAUCAGGUAGAGAGGAAACGUCCAUUACUGGACGAGGGGAGGUGUUCAAGUCGAUCGAAACACACUGUUGUAGUCUGUUCCUCAAACACUAACCUGUCCUGUUGGAGGUAGGGUGACUGACCCUGUGGGGUAGUGAGUUACAGGUUGUCCAACUGCAGGUUUUGUUCAUAUUGUUGAAUGUAAAAUAUAUUGUGUUCUGAUAUAUCCGAGGUCUCUUGUGGCCUACAUCUCAAUGCAUUUGAGUUGAUUCAGCGGGUGAUUGUGAAAUACAAAUAUAAGCACGCACUUUUAUUAUAACCAUUUUCCUUAUCGAUGGCAAUUUUAAUAUUCAGCCGUUACAUUAUCUAUAAUCUGUUAUUUUAGUAUAAAACCAUUGACACUCGUAUCUAGAAUGUCGUUCAUAAGAAGGAAAUGUUUACAGACUCCAGCUGCUCUAGUUAGUCAGCUAGGUUAGCAUGAUUUAACGUGUAGUGGCUUCACUUGUCCACACAGUACAUCUAUGUCCCAACAGGUUUUUACAAUCCAGUCCAAACUGUUUUACAAGACCAGUUGUAAACCACCUUAUAUAUGGAACACCAGAAGAAUAAUGGGUUAAGAAUGUUGAAGGAUUUCAAUCGAUUUAUUUAUCGAUUUAUAUUCUAACUUCUAUUUAUGUAUUCUAUUGUGUUUCAUAAUGAUUUGCUUAUUGAAUCAACCUGUCUCUGUCUGUCCAACCCCUACCUGCUCCUUAAUGACCUGUCUCUGUACUGUCUAUCCCCUACCUGCUCCUAAAUUACCUGUCUCUGUACUGUCUAAACCCUAACUGCUCCUUAAUGACAGCUAUUGGUUUUAUUGAUCUGAUUCUUAAAAAUGGCCCAUGGUCCAACUUGCAGUACGUUCUUGUAUUAGAAAAUAGAAAGGCAAUACAUUAUACACAAAUUAAACAACUUCAGUGUUCAUGAUCCCAAUGCAGAGGGUUAUGGUUAAGGUUUGGUUCCUUACUAGAGACAGGUCGGUUGAGAGGCUCGUAGUUCCCGUGCUUAACCAGCACGCAAUGCAGCAUUGCACUGCUAGCGAUGGAUGCCUGAUGAGCCGUGGCCGUGCUGUGUUCGAUCCAUCCACUAAAGGGAGACAGAGUGGUUGAGUGGUUUGUAAUGCUCAUUAAAGGGGACAUAUUAUGAAUACAACA